UGCCCGCUUGUAAAAACGCCCGUAAAAUAUUGAAGCCUGUGAGGGAUUCAAUUUACGCGUGGGUGUCACUGUGGAAAAUAAUCGUUUUCUUUGCAAGUUCAUAUGCAGUUUAUGUAAUUAACCAUGGCAACCCAACACAUCUUUUCUCAAUGUUUGGAGAUGCAUUCAGUCUUCAUAACGUAACUGACAUUCAUUUUCAACGAUUUGUACAAAUUCACGUCAAUGGCACUCAAUAUAAUGAUGAAUUUAUAAACUACACUAAACGUUUAAUUUAUCCAUGGUUGACUUUGAGUGUCCAAAUAACUAUGGCUCUGUUUAUAAAUACAAGAAUUAACAGUGCAAUGAGAAGCAUAAUCAAUAGAUUAAAUUUACCUUCUUACCGGGCAUCAAACAUUCCUUUUAUGGUCAGCAUUUUAUUCGUAUUGUUUUCUGGAUACUUUCGCAGUUUCAACAACUAUUUGUUUUACCAUAUUCCUUUAUCCGAGCAGUUAAAGAAUUUUUUCAGUGAAAUUCAUGUAUUCGAUGUGGUCUCAGAAUUUUUUUAUCCCGAUUCUUCGGAGAACUCGCGCGCUCAUUUACUUUCACUCGGCUGGAUUGUAGUGCACUUUUUUUUACGACCAACAGGAGCGAAAAAUUGCAAAGUAGAUGAAAAAAGUGAAAUUCCUGAAAUUGAAACUCUGCCAAUAGUUGAAGUUCAGGUAAUUUCAGAAAAAGGAACGGUUGAUGAAAAAGAGACCGUUGAAAAAAAAGAAAAUUUGAAUGUUGAUUGAGAAGAAUUUUCUUUAAUAAAUGCAAGAAUUCGCUCAAUAACUAAUUACCUUAUUAAAUAUAAGUAUC